AUGGCUGAAAUGAGCUCUGCUAUAGAGACAAGUGCUCCAUUGCCCACUCCAGCCUUCACCAACAAUCAUUCCGAGCAUACUCUAUCCGAUGAAAAACUGAAGCACCGCUCCCCAUAUAAGCUCCAUCUCCCUGGAGAGUUUGGAGAAAUCAAGUGGAGCGCCCAUUGCCAGUGUCGCAAAAUCUCAUACUCUCUGAAACAAUAUUCGCCAAUAGAUGCCAAAUUCUGCCAUUGUCGCACCUGCCAGGUCAUGCAUGGAGCCCCAUACCAAUGGGCAGCCAUAUUCAACAAGGAUGAUAUUUCUUUCGAUCAUGGCUGUAGUGGCCUGCUGUUCUAUUCUGCUUCUCAUAAUACUCAGGAAUCAGAGCUUCCCAUGAAGGUCUCGUGUUCCUUCUGUCAUACUCUGAUCAUGGACGAAUAUGACGAAGUUUGCUUGCUCUUUCCGCAAUUGAUUGAGUUUGAUGGGACAUCAGAUGACCGGCGAAAGCAGAUGAAUCACUUCAAGCCCAGCUGUCAUGUGUUCUAUGAACAACGCAUGCUAGAUAUUUCUGAUGGUCUUCCUAAGUGGUCUGAGAUGGCUAAUAGCAGUCGGCUCCUGAAUGAUGGUGGCCACAAGAUAUAA